ACUUGAUUUUACCGAGCUCCGGUGUGAAAUGAGGGUCUGGAGUGGUGCUUCAUCCAAUCAGCAGCCAGGAAAGGCUUCAAAAGGCGUUUCCUUUGCGGUGUUCGUGGAUCUGUGGGUCCCAGCGUGUGCGCGUAAAGAAGAGCAGAAGCGACUGGCAGGUUCUCCGCCCAGUCCAGAGUAAAAUCAAGUUUCUCUCAUCGUUUUACACGUCCACGAUGGGGUUGGGUUAUGCUUUUGCUCGGUUUUAUUAUCAGUUUUCAUUUUUAAUAUUCAUCCCUUUGUAGAACUUUGAUGGUCUGGGCUGGUGGCGCUCGGGAGCUGAUUUAUCCCCCACCUCUAUGAUAUUUCCAGCGGGCAGCGGUGCGAGCCGUACGGGGAGAGGUUACAGUAACACCGUGGGACUUUGCAACAAAACAAAACCCCUGGACGACCAAAGAACAGGAGGAGCUGCAAACCGGACGUGUUCUCUGUCGUAACGCGCGUCUUACUCGCUGGAGUGCUGCAACUUUUAGCUAGAAAUGGUUGGCAGGUUGAACUUGCCACAUGUAUGUGAAGGAGACCUACUGGAUAUGAGCUGCAGGGCUGAUAGAGGACUUGACAGCCCAGACUCUGGGUUGCCCCCGAGCCCGAACCCCGGCGCCUGGCUGCUGCCUGUGUGUGAUAAACCCGGUGGCGUGAGUCCGGUGUCUGAGGACGAAGCAAAGGAUCCCCUGGUUCCACUGUUACCCGCCAGGUCUUUCCCUCACCUACAGCCGGUGUCCUUUGGUGAAGGCAUAGCACUUGAUCCGCUCCCACCAAAGGAAGUGAGAUACAUCUCAUCCGUGCACUAUGAUUCGGACCGCCACUUCAUCCAGAACGUGUCCCUGCAGCCAUGGGGCCAAGGCCUUGAACACUGCAGGCAGACCAUCAUGGCCAUGCCCCACAGCACCUGGCGCCACUACAAGAUACAGCUAGACUUCCAGCCUCGCCAUCGGCCCCAGCACUUCAAGAGCACCACCAUCAUCUACCCCAAGAAAACCAGUACCGUCUACACUACAGAACUGAACUACGACUGCCACCGACUGUCCAGACGUUUCUUCUCCACUGUGGAGCUGGAGGCGGCUGGGCACAGAAAGCUACCUCACUGAGGGUGGGGGGAGAUGGUUGGCUGGGGACACACAAGGGGCAGCCAUUCCCAUAGUCCCUAUUAUGCCACCCUCUGGCUGCCACUGACCUGCUGUGUUGUUUUUUUACACUAGUGUACCUGUGACGUUACAAUGAGCAGAAAUAGCAAGACAUGAACUGAAUGGAUGAAAUAUCUUUGUUUUGAUAUCUUCAUAUUGUUGCCAAUGAAUACCCUGGCAAUUGUAUGAGAUUUUAAGGAUGGACACCAUAAGGUUCCAGAGACCUAACCUAAUAUAAUGUACUUUAUUGGCUAUAGAGUUUGACUCGUAUUGACUGAGAUUAUAGUGCUUAUUUGCCCUCAGCAACAUCGUAUCAAGUUGGUGAAGCAUUCAGAGUGGUUGGUUUUAAAUUUGAACAAUGAGGCCUUGGCGCAGUUCACAGAAUGUGCAUGAUGUAAUCAAAGAGAAGAGUUCCUUUAAAACCGCUAACCUACCAUAUGGUUUAAAACGAGUAGUAAAGGACACGAAAGGCAAUUAAAUGUGGUGCUGGAGUUUGGAUGCAUAUUAAGACAUCAGUGACUUAUCACUGCACAAAGAAGGUGGUGGUUUGUUUCUGCACAGGGUAUUGU